GCGGACGAGUGAUAGCCAGCCUGUCACUCGUCCAAAUUGCGGCCGUUCGUAACGACCGACCUGUUACCGCGGACGAGCUGGUGGGAGCGGAACCGAGGCGCGAUUUCUUAUGCCUGGCGUAAACCGUGAGUCAUCGUGAAAGUGCAGGAACGCUGUAGAGCAAGGGACGACUCGGGACGACGACACGACACGGCGUGGCGUCAUGGAAGUCCUGGAUCCGAGCGUCUCCAGGGACGAUCAACCACUAUGCAUCAAUGAUUCUCUAGAUCGAGUUAACAAAUUGCAGAUUCCGGCAGAUACUAAAUCAUGCGUAAAAGCACGUCACACCCUUGGUUUCCUGGGGUUUCUUGGUUUUGCCCUUGUGUAUGCUAUGAGAGUCAAUCUAUCUGUAGCUAUUGUUUCCAUGGUUAAUCAGACAGCGAUACCACAUACCGAGGAAAAUGAUACUAGCGAUGUUUGUUCCAACACUAAACCGAUAAAUGGAACUUUUAUACCGAGCGCAGGAGAAUUCGCCUGGAGUGAAAAGACCCAAGGUAUUAUAUUAGGCGCGUUCUUCCUUGGCUAUGUGACUACAAAUGUCCCAGGUGGUAGAAUGGCUGAAAAAAUGGGUGGCAAGUUAAUUUAUGGUUUGGGAGUGUUUCUGACCGCCGUUUUGACCGUGAUAAGUCCUUUCGCCGCGUAUUGGGGUCUCGUACCGUUUCUCGUUGUAAGAGUCGCAGAAGGAUUUACCGAGGGGGUAACGUUUCCUGCGAUGCAUAGUAUGCUGGCACACUGGGUACCCCCGUUAGAAAGGAGUAAAUUUGCUGCUAUAGUAUACGCGGGCGCAAAUUUCGGUACUGUUGUCUCAUUGCCGGUAAGCGGCUGGCUGUGUUCUUUAGAAUUGUGGGGUGGCUGGCCCCUUGCAUUUUAUCUGUUUGGUGGCCUUGGUCUCGUGUGGUAUAUAUUCUGGUUAAUAUUCAUCUACGAUACUCCUUCGCAACACGCGAAAAUUGAUCCUGCCGAGAAGGCAUAUAUCGAAGCUAGUGUCGAAAAAAAAGACGAAAACGAUGACCCGGGCGUACCUUGGAUGUCAGUCUUCACCUCUGCACCUAUAUGGGCCAUUAUUAUUACGCAGUGCGGCCAGUCUUGGGCCUUCUACACUCUCCUAACUGAGCUACCGACGUAUAUGGAUAAAAUUUUGCAUUUAAAUGUACAACAAAACGCAUUUCUCUCAGCGUUACCUUACUUGAGUGCCUGGCUGAUGGGUCUUUGUAUCUCGAGCUUCGCGGACGCGCUCCUCGCCCGUCGUUUGAUAUCGCCUCUGGCUUCGUUCAAACUGUGGAACACAGUGGCCUCAUUGGGGCCCAGUCUCAGUUUCCUCGGUGUUAUCUGGGCCGGAUGCGAUCGUAUGACGGUGAUGCUGAUGCUCGCUGGGUUAGGCUCUCUUCAAGGUGCGGUAUACGCCGGGAAUCAAAUGAAUCACAUCGCAUUGGCACCACGUUAUGCGGGCACUUUAUAUGGAUUGACGAAUGCCGCGGCGAACGCGUGUGGUUUCUUGGCACCGUAUGUUAUUGGCAGUAUAGUGGAGGGACACGAAACUCUCGCACGUUGGCACAUAGUCUUCUGGAUGGGAGCGGGAAUAAAUAUGGCUACUAACUGCUUCUAUUUAAUGUUCGCGUCCGCCACUGAACAGCCAUGGAGCAAAGGUGGCAGUUGAUGACAAUGUCGCAUUAGAAAUGCGAUAUUAAACGUGGAAAAUAAUAUACUUUUCAAUCAUGUUGCACACAGUACAUUUUAAUUCAGCUAGCCAAUUUUAUAUAAUCCGAUAAUUUAUUAAUCAUUAUUUCGGAAAAUAAUUGAUUAAUAAUUUUUUUGUUGCUUUUCUAAGAUUCUAGUUAUAUUGUAUUUAUCAUUGAAUGAUACGUGCAAUGACAAAUGGAUCAAAUUUCGAUAUAAUCAAUUUUAUUGCUGACACAUGAUACAUAAAGAGGACAGAUGUCGCAAACUGGCUUUUGCGUCAGAUAAUUGGGAUUGAUUAACAUAUUUUUCACCUCCCUAUUUUGCUUCACCAUUUUAUUGAUCCAGCUAUAUCUUGUCUGGAUACAUAAAAAGGUCUGCAAUCCCAUGAAAAAAUUGAGUAAGUAAAAUAUUGAUUAAUAUAUUGACAUGAUAUCAGGGUGUUUUCAGUGGUACAAAUAAAAAAGAUAAUUGUAUGUAGUAAAUCGAAAAUGUAGAAUAAAAUGUUUUCAGAAUUUUGUUUUCAAAGAAAUGAUUUUGAAAAUAGGAUAAUUAAUAAUUUCUUGUACUUUUUGUCAUAUAAAUUUAUUUUAACAAUAAUUAUUUAUAUGUAAACGAAAAAGCACAACAUUCUAUUUUUAAUAAAAUGAAUGAUACAAGUUACUUUAAAAAUCAUAUGCAAAAAAUGAGAUUAUUAUUUCUUUGGAUGUUAUUUUUUUAUGCAUGCUUGAUAAUUACUUUUGAGAUAGUUCGAUAACUUUAUAAUACAAGAUUUUUAGAAAUUAUUCAAGGAAAGUAUACAGAUAUUGAUAUCCAAUUUUCGAACUUCCAUGUCAUUCAAUUUUCUCAAAAAUAAAUUAUCAUAAAUACUGUAAUACGAAAAUAUUCUGUUCUGCUUUUUCGAUUUAUUUUUACGUGUACAGUCUUUCGUACCAGUUACAAAACACCUUAUUUAUGAAACAGCAUUUAACUUUACAAAUAUAUUUUACAUAUAUAUUUAUAUAUACAUACAUAAGUAUACCUCUUUUUUAUUAUUAUAUUUGAUAAGAAUGAUGUGUAUGGAUGAUAAACUAAAAAAAGCAAUUAAAAUUAUUAGCAAUGUUAUUUAAAACGCUAUAUAUAUUUUUUCUAUUUGUACUUUAAGAUAUUUGUUAUCUCUAAAUAUUCUAAUAAUUAUAUAUUUUUAAUUCCAUCCGGAAGUCUUUUCUGUUGAUAAUUUAUGGCUUUAAAGAACAAAGGUAUUAUUUAUUUUAUAAAGCCAAAGGGAAUAGUAAGAUAAAUGGCUUCUCUAUAAUAUAAGUGAAAUUGUAACAGUAUUAAUAUGUUAUUGACGUUAUAUAUUUCUGAUGUAGUAAAGUAAAAAUAAUAUAUGAAGACAAAGAAAUGAUUUUGUCGUUCUAAACAGCAGAAUACAUGUAUAAUUAUUCAUAGAAAUUUCGAUACGAAAUAAGUAGAUAUCGUUAGCGAUUGUAUCUAGUACAGCAAAAAAAAUAACUAUAUGGAAUAUGCAUGUAUAUACUAUAAAUCUUUAAUAUACUCAUCAAUAUAUUUAACAGUACAAAAAUUUACGUAACGGUAUCCAAAAUGACAUACUCACAUUUUAAUAUACGAUAAAAAUGUGAGAUUUAUCUUACGUGAAAAUUAUAUAUAAAAUUUUAUGGAAAUGUAAUGAUAAUAUUAAAUAAGUAAUGAACAAUCGUAGCAACUACAA